GCGCGGCAACCCUAGGCCAAAGAAUUUAUAGGGCUGAGCCUGAAUCACCAAACAGCAGCCACAUUCAGAGUCUGAAAGUGAUGACGCAGAAAGGGAACCUAUUCAAAGGCAAACAAAACAAGAAGGUAAUGCCUCCCAACCGCCAUGGAAAAUCCGUUCAUAUUCGCAAAGGGAAGAGAGUUGUGAAGCCUUCAAAGAUUACAAAAGACAUGGAUACUGAUAGGGAACUGACCAAAUUCAUAAAUCACUGCAACGAGAUGAAGGCAGCUACUCUUGCGAACAAGGAAGGUGGCCAACUAGGUAUCGUUAAAACAUCUACUGGGUCUACUGGAAACAAGAAGGAUGAAAAAUUAGACUCCUAAUAAGCUUAGUUAUAAAACUUUCCGGGAAAUACAAACUAAACCCAGUUCCUGUUGUAACGUGUUCUUAAUCCUUGUGUUUAUUUUUCUCACUUACUAUUAUUAUUAUUUUUUUGGACUCAUCUGUGAAGCUUAGAAUCUUGUUGCUUUGACUUGGUUGGUAACCGAAGUUUUAAAGUUGAGAUAAUAUAUAUAACAGAUUGAACAGAA